AUGAAAGGAUUCUUGACGACCUUUUCUGCGUUCCUCGCCGUGACGAUGGCGAGCCCCAUCAUGCGCCGGGCAGGCGUCAGCGACGUCGCUAAUGACAUGGAGGACCUGUUUAACGGAAAAGGCGAGUGCGCCGACGUCGGCGUCAUCUUCGCGCGCGGGACCUUCGACUCCGGCAACAUCGGCGUGUGGGUCGGCCCGCAGUUCAAGGCCGCGCUCGCCAAGUCGCUGCCCGGCAAGACGAUCGCCUUCCAGGGCGUCAGCGCGACCGACUACAAGGCCACCCUCCUCGGGUACCUCGGCGAGGCGGGCUCGCCCGCGGGCGGCAAGUCCCUCGCGGAGACGCUCGACUUCUACAACCAGGCCUGCCCCGACACGCAGCUGAUCGUCUCCGGCUGGUCGCAAGGCGCGCUCGUCGCCCACCGCGGCGUCGCGGGCCUCGCCAAGGAGACGCUCGCCCAAGUUAAAGGCCUCGUGACCUUCGGCGACCCAUCGGGGCUGUUCGCGAAGGAGCUCCCGCCCGUGCCGAAGGGCGUCAAGGUCAACUCGCAGUGCUUCGUCGGGAGCGUGCCUGAUCCGCUCUGCGCGGGCCUCGGCGACCUGAAGCUGCCGCGCACGCCCGGCGAGGUCGUCGCGCCGUUCACCGCGCUCCCCGGCCUCGCCGUCGGCGCGCAAGAGAGCGCCGCCGCGGCGAAGCUCGUCGCGGCCUUCCCCGGCCAGCUCGUCACCGCCGCUGCCGCCUUCGCCAAGACCAUCGCCACCGCCCCGCAGCGCGCGCUCCUCACCCCGCAGCACUUCAUGUACGGCAACAAGGGCCUCACCGACAAGGCGGCCCUCUUCGUCGCGAGCGUCAUCAAGGCGUAG